AAAAAAGGAAAAAUCUUUCCCCUUUGUCCACGGUCAAACGCAUUACGCUUUCCCCAGAAAAUCAUCGAUCUCUUCAAAUCGUUAAAUUUGCCGAGCAAAUCGUACGGCAACCAAACAUGGGUUUCAUCGGAGAAACUGUAGAUUCCAUCAAAUCGACUCCGAUCAGACAAACACUCUCCCAGUUCGUCACUUUGGGCAUGAUCGUUUCGUCAGCGUUGAUUAUAUGGAAGGCACUGAUGUGUAUCACUGGAACAGAGUCACCUGUUGUUGUUGUGCUUUCUGGUAGCAUGGAGCCUGGAUUUCAAAGAGGCGACAUUUUGUUCCUGCAUAUGAGCAAGGAUCCUAUCCGUACCGGGGAAAUCGUCGUGUUUAACAUCAAUGGACGUGAUAUUCCCAUUGUUCAUCGUGUUAUCGAGGUUCACGAGCGUAGAGAUACCGGGGAAGCUGAUAUCCUGACGAAAGGGGACAACAACGAUAUGGACGACAGGGCCUUGUAUGCCUAUGGCCAGCAUUGGUUGCAGCGGAAGCAUAUCAUGGGCAGAGCCGUCGGGUUCUUGCCUUACGUCGGUUGGGUCACCAUCAUCAUGACCGAGAAACCGAUCCUAAAGUACAUUUUGAUUGGCGCACUUGGGUUGCUAGUGAUAACAUCCAAGGAUUAGAGACGAGAGGAUUUCGGAUUGGAUUCGAUUUCUUUUAGAGAAAAGCGACACAGAGACAAGGGUUCACUUGAACAGGUCGAGAGACCGCUCAUGUAGACAGGACCAGAGUUAUUUGAACUCCAUGUUGUUUCAUCACAGGACUAAAUCCAGGUGCCUGCAAAUUUUUUAACCAGUCAGUAGACGAAGUAAAAACGUCGAAAAUUUCUCAGAAA